UCAUAGCAGAGGUGAGAUUAAGUUAUGCCUUCUCCUGCCUUGCAGCAAACCCAGAUUCCAACAAAUAGAAAAAUGGUUCUUUGUCUUGAUGAUUUGGCAAAGCAGGAGGAAGAGAUCGAUGUGCUUCUUUUGAUUUUUCUAAUGAAUGAAUGGCUACUCAAACAAGACAAGCAUCUCAAACGUAUUGGAGAUGUUUUUACUGCUUUUGUUUCGGAAAAGCAGUGCUCCAUUUGUACUAGCGAAGCAAGGAACAGAACAGGAUGCUCGCCUUAAUUUACUUGCCCCAAGAACAGCAUGCAUUCCUUGGAGAACAGCAAAGCUACUCGGUGCUUUUCCAAAAGAAUCACCCUUCCCUUUUGUUUUUCUUUGUUAUUGUGGAACACUAUCAUUUCGAGCUUUGCCAUUUUGAUUUGAGCGUACUGAUGUAAUGAUGAAUUUAUAAUGUGUGUGAUUCUUUAGUGUCUUCCAUAAUCCAGAGAAAAUGUUGUGCUGAUAAAUGACGAAAUGACGCUAAUGAAAACUGUUGCAUCUUGUUCCUUUGGUCGAGUCCCCCUUCCACACCUUUCCUCGAAUGAAUCAAUAACGCACCGCCGCUUCUUUUUUAUCUGUGUCUUUGGAGUGAGUGACUGAGUGACAUACUUCAGGAAUGAUGCUUCGCUUCUCAAAGAAGCAAAGUUCAUGCAUGCAGCAAGCAAAGCAGCAAAAGCAAAAGCCCAUCAGCUUGCCAACUUUACUUGUGUCCACCACCAUCCUUGGUUCCCCGCCCUCUACCCAAGAAACCAAUCCAACACAGACGCUAGCGCCGCUCGCAGUGUCCCUCCUUCUGCCUGCUAAAUCCUCUGCCCGGCCAGGAGCCACCACGCAGGCCUCCGCCGCUGACACCUUCGACGGCGGCCACUGACUGCUAAAGCCUAUUCGGCGGCCAGCAUCGCAGCGAAGGUGAAGAUGGAGAUUGUGGUGGGUGCAUAGGAAGCAACCAUGAAAAUAGAGUUUGACAGGAGUACACCGCACCUGCUUCCACCUUCCUGUGCAGCCACUGCCUUCGACGGUGGCUGCCCUGCCCAGUGACUGCUCAAGACUCUUCAGCGACCAGCAGCUUAUUGUCCAGUUUGCAGAUCAACAACUGCUGAGCACUGUCUUUGCACAUGCAAGUUACAACAACCGGGGGCAGAUUGUUGUAGUGAAGAGCACAGAGAAGGAAGAUGGAGUUUGUAGUGGGUGCUUCGGAAGCCACCAUGAGAUCUCUCCUAGGCAAGUUGGGCGGCCUCCUUGCCCAAGAGUACACUCUGAUCCGUGGUGUCUGCGGCGACAUCCAGUACAUCAGCGACGAGCUCGCCAGCAUGCAGGCCUUUCUUGGCGACCUCGGCUCUGCCCUGGAUGACCAUGAUCGCCGGCUCAAGAACUGGAUGAAGCAGAUUCGUGACAUGGCAUACGACAUGGAAGACUGCAUCAAUGACUUUGCUCAUCGCCUCCCUCAGGACUCUCUCAACGAUGCAAGAUGCUCCUUCAUCGUGACGAUAGUCUACGAGAUGUGGACGUUCUGGCCUCGCCGCGACAUUGCCUCCAAGAUUGCCGAGCUCAAGGUCCGAGCACAGUACAUUGCUGAACGACGCAGCAGAUAUGGAGUGAACAAUCCAAACCCAAGAACAAGCUCCGAAGCCGGAGCAACCCAUGUUGUUACGUAUGGCAUUGCUGAGCAUUUGGUGGCAAGCCGUCAGCUCAUCCGCACACAGAACCCCGUGGGAGUGCAGGUGGACAUGGAGAAGCUCCAGGGUUGGCUAACCAAACAUGAUAAAGGCUCUCAUCGAGCCGUUGUGUCCUUGAUUGGAUUCGGUGGUGUGGGAAAGACCACCAUUGCCAUGGCAUUGUACCGAGAUUUCAGGAAUGAAUUUGACUGUCGGGCAUCAGUCAUGGUGUCUCAGAACUUCGAUGAAGAUGAAGUCCUAAGGGAUUGUCUUGGGCAAAUCAAGCCAGCAGACAGUCAAAUCAAGACAAAGGAGGAGGUGCAGGAGGGAAGCAACACAGGGAAGGUGGAGAAGAACAGCCUAGCAACCAACAUUAAAAGUUCAGUUAAGCGAGUUGUGCCACUGCUCUCUGGUCACAGGCCGCAAAGCAAUGAUGGCAGCAUGCAGAGUAAGAUAGAAACAAUGAAUCGCGACCAACUUAUUGAAGAACUCAAAACGCGCCUGCUUGGAAGGAGGUAUCUCCUCUUGAUUGAUGAUAUAUGGUCUGUACAAACAUGGGAGACCAUUAGGACCAUUAGGAAUUGGUUGCCACAUGAUAAUAAUAAGGAUAGUAGAGUAAUAGUAACUACAAGAUUUCAAGCUGUUGGUGUAGCUUGCUCAGAAAGAGAUGGAACUGAUUAUCUGCAUACAGUUAAUGCCCUAAGUGAUGCCGCCUCCAAAAGUCUAUUUCAUCAGGGUAUUCCUGAAUCCCCAAGCAGCCAAGAAAGCGAAAGAAUGGAUACUGUUGGUGCUGAGUCCUCUGAAGGAGAUGGAACUGAUCAUCUGCAUUCAGCUGAUGUCCCAAGUGAUGCCAAUGCCAAAGGUCCGUUUGAUGACCGUGUUUCUGAUCCACAGAGAAGCAAAGAAAGGGGGAAAGAAGAGGUCCAUGAGGAGAUAUGGAAAUAUUGUGGGGGGCUGCCUUUGGCCAUAGUCACCAUGGCUGGCCUUGUGGCCUGCAACCCAACAAAGGAUAAUAACCAUUGGAAUAAAGUUUGCAAGUCAUUAUUUCCAGAGCAAGUAGCUCCCCUUACAUUGGAGGGGGUGACAAGGAUACUUGAUUAUUGCUACAAUGAUUUGCCAGCAGAUCUCAAGACCUGCUCAUUGUACUUGAGCAUAUUCCCCAAGGGCUCGAAAAUUAGUAAGAAGCGUCUGACCCGGCGGUGGAUAUCAGAAUGUUUUGUUGCUGAGAAGCAAGGGCUGAGUGCAGAGGAAGUGGCAGAAACAUACUUCAAUCAACUUGUAAGCAGGAAGAUAAUACGGCCCGUGGAUCACAGCAGCAAUGGGAAGGUAAAAUCCUUUAAAGUUCAUGACCUGAUCCUGGAAUAUAUCGUGUCCAAGUCAAGCGAAGAGAAUUUUAUUACUGUUGUUGGUGGACAUUGGCUGAUGCCAACUCCUAGCAACAAAGUCCGUCGACUCUCCAUGCAAAGCAGUGGUUCCAAGCAUGGGAAUUCAACAAAAGGCAUGAACUUGUCUCAAGUGCGGUCACUGACAGCAUUUGGAAGCCAAAACCGACGACUCCCAUUCCAUUCAUUCAAUAAUGGAAUAAUACAAGUGCUUGAUCUUGAGGGCUGGAAGGGUUUGACAGAUAAGCAUUUGAAUGACAUAUGUAAAAUGCUUGUGCUGAAGUAUUUGAGCCUCAGACGAACAGAGGUUUCUGAGAUCCCAUCAAAGAUUGAGAAGCUCCAGUAUCCAGAAACUCUUGACAUAAGGGAGACAAAUGUCGGGGUGCUGCCAAAAGCUUUUGGACAGCUCAAACAGCUUCGUAGCAUGCAUGGAGGGAACAAAAACACAAAGAAGGCUUUGAAAUUGCCACAUGAGAAGAACAAGGAGCCGAUGAGAGCACUUCGGAUCUUGUCAGGGAUUGAGAUCGGUGAGGACUCAUCAGCUGUAGCAAGCCUUCAUCAGCUGACAGGGCUAAGGAAACUUGCCAUUUACAAGCUCAAUAUAAGGGAGGGCGGUCAGACCUUCAAACAAUUACGCUCCUCCAUCGAGUACCUCUGUAGCUGCGGUCUGCAGACAUUGGCAAUCAAUGAUGAGAGCUCUAAUUUUAUCAACUCACUAGACACCAUGACCACUCCUCCAAGAUACAUCAUCGGCCUAGAGUUGUCUGGCAAGAUGGAAAGGCCGCCACAGUGGAUCAAAGAACUCAAUAACCUCUAUAAGCUGACCCUUUCUGUGACUGUUCUUCGGACUGACACUUUCAAGCUCAUCCAGGACCUACCCAAAUUGUUUACGCUCACCUUUACACUCAGUGCAGCCAAGGAUGAUAGGGACAUAGUGGACAUUCUUGAGGAAAAUAAACAGCUUACCGACAGGGAGAUCAUUAUUCCACCCGGAGGAUUCAAGAGUCUAAAGCUGCUUCGCUUCUUUGCAACUCUGGUUCCAAGGCUGAGCUUUGCAGUUACAGGAAAAGAGGUAAUGCCAGCACUCGAGAGGAUUGAUAUGCGGUUCGAAGCCUUUGAAGGGAUUUACGGCAUCGAGACUCUCAAAAGCCUCCAAGAGGUGCAUCUCAGUGUUGGUAAUCAAGCAGAUGAAAUAACCAAGUUCUUGGUAGAUGAUUUGAAGGACACACCCAAGUACUUGGAUGAAAAGUACGCCAGCAAGUGGCCAAAGAUAAUCACCGAGUGAAGAGAUUGGAAUAUGUCACAUUAUCUUUCAUUUGACCAACAAACCAUCUGGUACCUAUUGUAUAAUUAAGUGGGGGUUGUUUCAUCAAGUAUGCGUUGCCUUCUAGAGGGCUAAAUAAACAGACUGCAUCCAUUAUUGAUUCUUGUAAUGCAUAUGUAUGUCGUACUGUUGAAUCCGUCACUGAUUCUUGUAAUUUGUACUUCUAUUGUAAUGUUACUUCCACUAUUGAUCUUUUUGAACAUACCUCGUGUUCAUUUAUCGUAUGUAUAUAUCACACAGUAUGUGUUUGAUUGAGAUUUC